GUGAUAUCCAGGAAGUAAACAUUCCAGUCAGUAAAUCUUGUUGUGAGCAGACGUUCCCGAGUAUUUUGUAUUAACCUUCUGUAUUUAAAAUGCCUUUACUUUGUGGCGGAACAUCCGAGGCGAAAGAUGCAAAUGAAGAGGUGCAGAAAAUAUGCGAUGAGGUAAAGUCUCAUGCCGAGGAUAAAGCUGGCCGCAAGUUUGACGCUUUCACCGCCAAAUCUUUUAAAACGCAAGUUGUUGCGGGGAAGAAUUACUUUAUUAAGGUGCAUGUAGGUGAGGAUGACUAUAUUCAUCUGCGUGUCUAUAAAACCCUGCCCCAUGCUGGAGAAAAACUGGAGCUGCACAGCAUUCAGACAUCCAAGGCUCAUCAUGAUGCCAUUGAAUACUUCUGA